GAACUGAGAAGAGGGAGGAGGUGGCGAUGGCGGCUCCGGAGCCGGGAGUGCUGACCCGGAUCGCUGUCCCUGACAUGGAGUGGUAUGAGAAUUCGGAGGAAACGCACAAUUCCCAGAUAGAACUGCUUGAGACUACCUCGGCCCAAGAACCUCCCAACCCCUCAGAGACCUUUCGCCCCAGAGACUGCAUGGUGCCAGUGGUGUUUCCAGGGCCGGUGAGCCAAGAAGGCUGCUGUCGGUUUACUUGUGAACUUCUGAAGCAUAUCAUGUACCAGCGCCAGCAACUCCCUCUGCCCUAUGAACAACUUAAGCACUUCUACCGAAAACUUCCUCCCCAGGCAGAGGAUGUGGUGAAGAAGAAAAAUCGGGCCACUGCUGAGGCGAGUAGCAGAAAAUGCCAGCAAGCCCUGACAGAACUGGAAAGUGUCCUCAGCCACCUAGAGGGACUCUUUGCCCGGACUCUAGUGCCCAGAGUGCUGAUUCUCCUUGGGGGAAAUGCCCUAAGUCCCAAGGAGUUCUAUGAGCUUGACUUGUCCCGCUUGGCCCCCAAUAGCAUGGACCAGAGCCUGAGCACAGCAGCUUGUUUGCGCCGUCUCUUCCGAGCCAUUUUCAUGGCUGAUGCCUUCAGUGAGCUGCAGGCUCCUCCACUCAUGGGCACCAUUGUCAUGGCACAAGGGCAUCGCGACUGUGGAGAGGAUUGGUUUCGACCCAAGCUCAACUACCGAGUACCCAGCCGGGGCCACAAACUGACUGUAGCCUUGUCCUGUGGCAGUCCUGCCAUCCCAACCACUGCCUGGGAGGAUUAUAUUUGGUUCCAGGCCCCGCUGACCCUGAAAGGCUUCCAUGAGUGAAUGGGGAACCUUCUUGAUCGUGAACAGUGACUCAAUUAUUUUCCCCCUUGUGGCAUCAGCUUUUGCUGAUGGAUUCUAGCCUGCCUGCCUGCCUCCUCUCUUCACAUUUCCUCAUGGCUGUGGCUAUAAUAAUCAUCUUUGAACAACACAUCUUUGAAUCAAAGGUUGAUUUUUCUCAGAAGGUGCUGGGUAGAUGAUUCUGUUUGUGAUCAGCUAACAGUCUUGGGCCCAUAGACACACUUAAGAGGGUGGCUCUUUUCUGCUUUUUGCUGUGCUUUCCAGAAAUCUUACUAGAUGUAGUGUGGGUGUGUCUCAUGAACUUAAAUAUAAAAUGGCUAGAUAGUGGUUUGCAUUUUCUUGAAACUUUUGGCUAAAGAGAAUUUCCUGGCUUGCGGCUAGAGUACUUUGGCCUUUCUCCUUGCCUUCUUAUGCUUCAGGGCUUUAGUUUCAGGCCAGUAUGGGAAGUAAAGUGACUUACUAGGUUUCUAUCACAAUUUGAUAGGAAAGUUGGGACUAAGUCCUUAUUAGCCAACUCUCGCCCUUUGUUCUUUCCUUACCACUUGCUGGCUUUUGUGAUCCUUAAAGUAGCUGCCCAAAGCAGAGGUCACAUGCGAGGGGGUCUGAGAAUACUGUCUUUGCAAGCUGUAGGCUAGAGGCCCAGACCCCAGCACUUCCCUUUGUUAAUCAGUUCCUUGAAGCCAAAUGUCCCUCUGCCUUCUCUGGUGGCUUCUAGCAGCUACUAUUGUCUCUGCAAACACUUCCCCCCCUUCCUGUGGCGAUUCCUCCUCACCUACAUUGCUGAGUCGGCUACAUGUCCUUGCUUUUAUUCUCUUCCUUACUACUGCCCUAACCACUAAGUCUUGACUUUUGUCCCUAAGGAACCCUGCUUAUAUUUUAAGUUGAGGACAGAAUCCUCAAUCUACUGCUGUUGGAGAUAGAUAUGUGUGUGUGUGCGUGUGCAUGGGUGCCUGUGUCUGUAAGUACAACAGACACAUAAACAAUAGAAA